AUGGCUUCCAAAUUCCAAGCUUUCGCCCUAUUUCAUCUCCUGGGCUUUGCUGGUGCGGCCUGUCUGUCGUCAGGCGACCAAACUACAAUCAACAGCUUGUUUAGCUCUGGAGGUGCAGGAACCGUCGUUCAACUAUGCGCUGGUACAACUAUUUCUGUCACUGCAACAAUUACUUUCACUGCCAAUAACCAGGAACUCUCUACUUCAGGCUAUCCUACUGAUGACGCUAGGGCAAUCAUUCAGCCGACAUCUGGAAGCAAUGUCAGUAUGCUACUUAGAGGAUACGGCUUCGAUGGACUGCGUGUCAAGAAUAUUCAAUUUGAUGGAUUGCGUCCCAGUCUUGGGCUUGUUGAAGAUGGAGGUGCAACCAUUGAACUGGGCCAGGCUAGUAACGGCAUUGAGAUUUCCAACAUUAUGUCUCAAAACUCUCGUGCAUGGAGUUGCCUACAUUUGAUCCAGGGAGGUGCAGACACUCCAUGUACUAAUGUUACUAUCAGCAAUAAUAAAAUCGGCCCAUGUGGAAAUGAGGGCCACAACUCUGCUGGUGUGCCGCAGUGGGCGGAUGGCAUCUCCUUUGCAUGUAGGGAUUCCCUAAUCGAGAAUAACUAUAUUGAAGGCAGUACCGAUGGUGGAAUCGUCUUGUUCGGGGCACCCGGCACCACUGUCCAGGGAAAUACCAUCAUUUCAUCAACGACUGAUUCCGGAUUCGGCGCAAUAAAUAUGGUCGAUUAUCUGUAUGACGGUAGCUAUGCGAAUGUCGUCGUGACAAACAACACUAUCAUCGGGCAAAAGAUGUUUAACACAGGAAUUGCCAUCGGAGCUUUUGCAUGGUCGUUCAAUGAUGAUGUUUUCCUUCAGGGGCCAGCGACUGUCACAAAUAACCUGAUUAGCGGUAAUAUUCCGUUCGCUAUUGGAGUUAAUGGAUGGACUGGAGGUCUUACAGUUACCGGAAAUGACGUCUCGGGUGUAAACAGCCCUUCAUCCAACUACUCUGAUGCAAACCUGUGUGUUACUGCAACAAGGGAUCUCUGGAAGCAAAGCUCCCAUCUCGCAUACUACCCAACUGGCCUCACGGGAACCAGAAAUCUUCAAAGUGGCUUCGUUGUAGCAGACGGAAACUCAACCAACUUCAUCUGCACAACACCCUCUCUCCCAACUUCUAUCUGCUACGGCCUCAAUGAACUCGCGGCUGUACCCAACACCGUGCUUGCCAACUUGCACAACAGUAUCAUAACCCAGUAUCAGGGAGACAAUAAUAUUGUUACCUACAAUACGUCAACCGGGGACUAUGUGGCUGUUUGGUCUUCUGGUCAUACCUCAACUGUUUGUGAGUCGGAUGCGAGUGCUUGUAGUUGCAAUUUUCAAGGUGACGGCAAUUGGGUUACUUAUGUUUCGGGGGCACCGCAGUUUGCUACGCACACGGAAAAUGCGGGCAAGUUGUUGACGUUUUUGAACAAGAGUCCGUGGAUUCAGAUUACGAAUUCUGCUGGUGCACUGGUGUGGGAUACUACUGAUACAUCAUAG